CCCCGCCCCAUCUGAGCUCUUCUCAUCCCGGCGAAAUUAGACCUGGACCCGAAUCAUGUUCCCGGUGAAGGUAAAAGUGGAGAAAUCAGAGAUGGAGAUGGCCAAAGCCCGGAACCAGCUGGACGCCGUUCUUCAGUGUCUGCUCGAGAAGAGUCACAUGGACAGGGAACGUUUGGAUGAAGAACCUGGCAAAACCCCGUCGGAUACACACAACAAAGACUGCUCCAUUGCUGCCACUGGCAAAAGGCCGUCCGCCCGCUUCCCCCACCAGCGGAGGAAGAGGAGGAGGGAGAUGGACGAUGGGCUCGCCGAGGGGGGUCCUCAGAGGUCCAACACCUACGUGAUCAAGCUGUUUGACCGGAGUGUGGACUUGGCCCAGUUCAGCGAGAGCACCCCGCUGUACCCCAUCUGCCGCGCCUGGAUGCGCAACAGCCCCUCCGUGCGAGAGCGGGAGCGCUCGCCCAGCUCACCACUGCCCCCUCUGCCUGAGGAUGAAGAGGGUUCAGAGGUCAUCAACAGCAAAAGCCGUGAUGUGUACAAGCUGCCUCCACCCACAGCCCCUGGACCACUUGGAGAUGCCUGCAGAUCCCGAAUCCCAUCCCCACUGGAGCCUGAGACCCAGGGUACCCCUGACGAUGAAGUAAGUACACAGGGCCAGCCUGGGGCCUCAGGGCCUCCGCGGGAGGCUAGGGCGUGGCUGCCUAGCUGGGCCUCUCUGUCCUUGCAGCCGUCGGAGCCGGAACCUUCUCCCUCCACACUCAUCUAUUGCAACAUGCAGCGCUGGAAACGCAUACGCCAGAGGUGGAAGGAGGCGUCUCACCGGAACCAGCUUCGUUACUCAGAAAGUAUGAAGAUCCUGCGGGAAAUGUAUGACCGGCAGUGAUGGUCCCAGUUCUCACCCCAAUAAACCUGCC